UUAAUUGAGAAUGGACAGUAACUAAUAAAAAAUAAAAAAUAAAAACAAAAUAAGCUCAUAUUCACAGGCCCAAAUUUUGACCCAAAAAAGUAACGGUUUUGGGCCUUGCCAGCCAUUUGACACCCCAUUUGACACCACAAAAAAGGAAAGAGGAAAGAAACAAUCAAAGGACGACCCCGAUAUCGUGGAAGGCAAGACAAUUCACACGCCAACCUCAAACUUUGUCUGACCGUGUCUCUUGUCUUUACCACUGACUAAGUGCUAGGGUUUAGGGUUUAUAGGAUCUGAUGGUUCAUGGGAGUCGGACCAACUGAAGGAGGACCUCCAUUAGUCCAAAACCUUGACCAAACACAACGACACCAAACUGCACCAUAACACGUUCGUCGUACGAAACCAAACUACACACAUUAGCACUCUUUCAUCUACCCCUGUCUCCGUAAUUUUGUGUAUCUACCUCCUUCCUCGAACCAACCUUGAGACCCUUUAUUUAUUUUUCCAGUCUUUUGAUGUUUACUAUUUUAUAAUAUGUACUUCUGAAAUCUCAACAAACUUCCUUGCACCCCAAGUCGGCGCCUUUUUAACUCCCUCUGGCCUCCAUUUGUUCGCUUCUCAUAUUUAUUUUAUAGAUCGCCAUUUAGAUUUUGUGAUAAUUCAUCAACAAAAGACAUGGGAACCCUUUCGCUUUUGUCCUAAGAAGCUGCUCCAACAAUCUUGGAUCAUAUACCACAUACGCACGGCCUCUGUGUUCUAAAGCAAAAAACUUUCACUGAUUCAUCGCUCCAAUACAGUAAUGUUCUUCAACCUUAUGCUUCAUAAAGAUCACUGCUUUCAAAGAUUUCGUAUUUGCUGUGUUUCCCAAUCCUCUUGGCUGUAGGUUGAUCAAGCACCAAUUUGGUUCUCUUUAGAGGAUUCAAAGGGUACUUUGUGUCUUGCUUCAGGGACCGGUACUCGAUCCCAGCAUGGCAUUAGAAAGGAUUGCUAGGACUGCUAGAAAUGGCUUCAGAAGGUCGCCAUCAGGAGCAUCCGCCCACACGAGUGAGAAGGAUAUGUUAUGUGAGGGAGCAUCCACACGCAAAUAUUGUUCCUUACCUUCACUCGAAACUGACACUAGAAAUAGAAACUUUUUGUACCUUUCCAGCAUUUCAAAGGUGAAUCACAAUAGUUUUUGGAGCAGAGGAAUAAGGGCAACUCCAACUUAUCAAUUUCCUUCUGCAGAAAGGAUUGUUGAGGAGUCUGAUUCUGAGUACAACAAUCCCAAGUAUCCGGGACUAGAAGCAACCAAGCCAGGUGAAAAGCCAAGAGUGGUUGUCCUUGGUACUGGCUGGGCGGCCUGUCGAUUCCUUAAGGGACUAGACACCAAGAUCUAUGAUGUUGUUUGCAUAUCACCGAGGAAUCACAUGGUCUUCACUCCUUUGCUUGCUUCAACUUGCGUUGGUACCCUGGAAUUCCGUUCAGUCGCUGAACCUGUUACUCGUAUACAAUCUGCAUUGGCAACAGGUCCCAAUUCUUUCUUUUAUAUGGCUUCCUGCGUUGGUGUUGGCACAAACAAACAUGAGGUGUACUGUGAGACGAUUAGCAAGGGUGGCUUGCCUCAUGAACCUUACAGAUUCAAAGUUGCCUAUGACAAGCUCGUCAUAGCUGCUGGAGCUGAGCCCCUGACAUUUGGUAUCAAGGGUGUGAAGGAACAUGCAUUUUUUCUCCGUGAAGUGAAUCAUGCCCAAGAGAUUAGGAAGAAGCUUCUCUUGAACCUGAUGCUCUCUGAACAUCCAGGCAUACCAGAGGAAGAAAGGAAACGCCUCCUACAUUGUGUUGUUAUUGGAGGUGGCCCUACAGGGGUAGAGUUCAGUGGCGAGCUGAGUGAUUUUAUCAUGAAAGAUGUCCGUGAACGGUAUACUCAUGUUAAGGAUUACGUAAAAGUCACUCUCAUUGAGGCAAAUGAGAUUUUGUCAUCCUUCGAUGUUGGGUUAAGGCGAUAUGCAACAAAUCACUUAACCAAGUGUGGUGUUCGCCUUAUGAGAGGUGUUGUGAAAGAAGUGCAUCCCAAGAAGAUAGUUCUCAACGAUGGCACUGAUGUUCCAUAUGGCCUUUUGGUCUGGUCUACAGGCGUUGGUCCCUCAGAGUUUGUGAAAUCACUUGAUCUUCCCAAGUCCCCAGGCGGAAGGAUUGGUGUCGACGGGUGGUUGCGGGUUCCUUCCGUGGAAGAUGUGUUUGCACUUGGAGAUUGCGCUGGUUUUCUUGAGCAGACAGGGAGGCCAGUUCUUCCAGCUUUAGCUCAGGUGGCAGAAAGGGAGGGAAAAUAUCUGGUCGAGUUGUUUAACAAGAUUGGGGCUCAGAAUGCAGGCAAAGCCUUGAGCUUAAAAGACAUCCCUCUAGGAGAACCUUUUGUGUACAAGCACCUUGGAAGCAUGGCAACAGUAGGACGCUACAAGGCACUGGUCGAUUUACGCCAGUCGAAGGAUGCAAAAGGCAUAUCGCUUGCCGGAUUCUUGAGCUGGUUCAUUUGGCGUUCCGCUUAUCUGACGCGAGUCGUCAGCUGGAGGAACAGGUUUUAUGUUGCAGUAAACUGGGCUACCACGAUUGUCUUUGGCAGAGACAACUCAAGAAUAGGUUGAUAUCAUUUGCACAACACAACACUGCCAUUUGCCAUAUUAUGUAUGGUUACAUAUGUUAAAGAUGCUUAAGACCUUGAGCUGGAUUUAGUCUCUGCGUUUCUCUCAAUUUGUUGAGUUGGGUUCAAAUUUUGGUUCAAUUUAAAGAUGAUCUUUGCUAACUGGAGUCUGUUCUGAAACCAUUGUCUUUGAUGUUCAAAGUAUAGACUGAAAUCCAAGACACACGCUCAAGAAGCAAAACAGCAAUUGGCGAUAGACAGAAAUAAGAAAAAGGACCCAAGAGUAAAAACAAAGCGUAUUCCACUGUUAUAAUCUUUAAACUACAAAAUUUGUACAGCCUUUGUUGCCAAAAAAACCAAAAAACCAAGACAAGAGCUUAAAAUUUGUACCCUUCCCUUCCUCUCACUCAUCAAAAUCUUUAAUUUCACCGAAAACUGGAUUCAGAACAUCUAAGAGAAGUGAUGAGCAUCACCACCACGGCGGCGGCUACUGGCAGAGAAUAUGGAAGAGAAAGAGUGGAGCAGAACCCCAACAAUAGCCACCUUGACCUGGCCCCUCUUUGGGAUAAGACGGCCAGAAUUAAAUCUCUGAGAGAAAUUCCCACCGUUGAUCAUAGCAGACCUUGCACCC